AUGGCCUCAGUCUUGGAGCUCACCUGCAUCUACUUGGUCCUCAUCCUACAGGACGAUGAGCCAGGCUUAUUUGCAAAGGCCCUGCCCAAUGUGAACACCAGGAGCUUCAUCUACAAUGUAGGGGCUGGUGGACCUGCCCCAGCAGCUGGUGCUGCACCAGCAGGAGGUUCUGCUCCCUCCACCACUGCUGCCCCAGCUGAGAAAGUGGAAGCAAUGAAAAAAGAAUUAGAGGCAUCUGAUGAUGAUAUGGGCUUUUGUCUUUUUGACUAA